CUGUUUGGGCACUAGCUGCAGCAUCCGGUGAAGCGUCGCAAGCGCAGCUACCGGCAGCUAAGAUAACUGAUAGAUACCUGGUCCGGCAGUAGUGAUCAUGUACGAUGGGAUAAGAGGGCACCUUGGUAGCGGCAAUGGCUGGCGAUCUCGAGCCGCGCCGGCCGCCUCGUUUCUCCAGGUUUGCCCCCUCCCAACUGCUCAAAAGUACUGGGUACAAGGUAGGGACAAGGCGAGUUGUAUUGAGGUUGUGUAAGGUGCCUUAUAUCUGCAGUUUAAAAAGUGCUGCAAUAAGUGAUUAGGCGGAGUAAAGCUAGCCAAUAUGGAAUAGUAGUAGAUCCAUGAGAGUCCGGAUUGUAAAAGACACGGCCAAGAUACGUGGGAUGGAUAAUGGGCGGCCCUCGAUCAAGCAUUCCAGACGAUGCUAUUCGCAGAGGAACAGCCAAUGGAGCCAUAGAAGGCGCGCGCCGGGCAAGUGACUAGCCAACGAGUAGAGAAUUGGAUACUUCUUAGGCCAGGCGAGGCGAGGCGAUGAUGCGGAGAGGCCAAUGAUGGUCGUGUCUUUGCCCUGGAAUCGCCACUUCAACGGAGACAAGAGGCCGUAUCUCAGCUUGAUGUCGCACAAGGGCGUCGUGAGGGCUGCGAAUUCACACCCUCUUGCUGAGUUCGCCGCGCGGGACGCCCUCCUCCAUGGGCGACGGGUAUCCAGGAGAGGCUGCCGGCAAGAGAUGGUGCGCGACGCGGCGUCUGGAGUGCCUCUUUUGGGUGCUACGUGCUACUAAUAGACGGCGCGGAGUGUCUGAUAGUAUGGAGGUCAAAUACAUCAAUGCAAUAGUCUACAUGGUGUCUAGGCGGGCGCUGCUGAGAGGCAGAUCUGGUAGGCA